AUGGCGUCGACUCCGAUCAAGAAGAUUGGCUGCAAGGACAAAAUAAAUUAUGAGGACCUUGUUGAAUCAGUGGUAGAGAAGUACCCGCCUGGUUAUUUGAAAGUAGCUCAUAUUCAGUAUUAUGACGAAGGUCUAAAAUCUUUCCUAGAAGUAAAAACCGACACCCACAGCUUGGAGGUUUCAAGUAAGAAAAAGGGAAAUCGCACUAACUCUAACUUUGGACGCUCAAAAUUGUCAAAAAGUGGGUCAAAUCAGCCCGAAACACUUUCUAUUGCUUCACGCGAAGAUCGACCUGCUCAAGUUAAAAGGAAGCGGACAUCUAUCAAGAAGAAGCUAGGCCUUCCAAAGAAAAAAGCCGUAGACAUUUCGAAGGUGCCACUUAACAGCCCAUCGAUGGGCACAAGAAGCAAGGCGGUACUUUCUAGCAGCCCUACCAUGAGCACGCGAAGCAAAAAGAAGGCUCAGUCUUUGAUUUAUGAUAUGCCUAUUGAAUUUGCUAGUUUGUGGCAAUAUGCCUACAUCACAGACCAUUCUGUUAAACCUGCCCCAGAUAGUCCUGCUAAUGGAUUAAUGCAAUGGCCUGUCAUUCGCAGGAUUUCAGGGCAGAAGCAAUGGCAUACCAUCAUGGGUAACGACUGGUGCCUUGUGCGAGUCCAGGCAGUGCGGGAGCUGAUCCUGUGGUCUAGGCGGCAGCGAUUCAACAAGACGCAGGAACAUUUCCCUACUCUGAAGGACUACAACGAUUAUCUGGAAGAAGUUGAGGAUAUGACUUUCAACCUGAUCGAAGGGAUAGAUGUCGAGGCGAUUGAAGCAAAAAUUGCAAGAUACCAACAGGAAAAUGCGGAGCAGAUAUACUUGUCCAGAGCUAAAAGGGCGGAAGAUCUUGCAGCAGCACUUAAAGCAAGCAGGAUGAACCCUGUAAAGGCCGAGGCCAAUGAUACGGCUGCUGGGAGUUCUCAGGGUAUUAGUGGUGGGGCGGGAGUUCAAGGCCAGUAUGCACCUGCCGCCGUUCUUGGGGGAGUGGCUCAGCCUCGCCCCACAGGUAUGGCUCCCCAACUAAUCGGCAAUCGGUCAGAUCCUCUUCAAGGAGAUGACGAGGAGACCAGGAGACUACGCGCAGAGCGAGCAGCACGAGCUGGUGGAUGGACUGCUGAAUUGAAUGACAGAGGAGCGAUGUCAAGCGAUGGCCACCAAUGCACGCAACAACAGCCCGUAGGUGUUAAGGUCGAGGUCCCCAAGGCCGCGCGGCGGCCUGGAGUGGCGCUCACCUUCGACUUCGAGUGUUCCGCGUGGCCUGACGAGAUGGAGGUGAGGAGGGUCUUUCCCGUCCGCCGCGGUGGGCCUGCGCCAGUGCAGCAGAACGUCGGCCACCAAUUCAGGUGA